GCCUAUCACAUCAUACCAAAGGGAAUUAUGGGUCCCUGUGACAUCAAUGAUGUCACAAAGAAAAGUGAUGCGCGCCUCAAUGAUCAGCUCGUACCAAAACCCACUGAUGUAAAUGUAGUGGAGAAAGCAAUAAAGACUGGCGCUCCAAGAGAACAUCCCUAUGCAUCCCACAUCUCCCGCUUUGCCAUGUUCCCGUCCAGUCGGUCUUCAGGUGGUCCUGGGGUCACGGUAGCACCGUUCCCAUUUGUCAGCCCCAUUGUCCCGACUCUACCACGCAAUGUUACUGUACGCAGCAAAACUAAAGGUGGUCCAUAUAGGCAUGAGGUCUUGGAGACACCAACAAGGGAGAAGACAGCCAAAUUGGCAGUGCUGCCCAACCCCAAAGAGGUGGGGAAUGUGACAUCAUCUGAGCGGACCAACAACAUGGUGAAAAGUUUGGAUACGAUGCGCUGGGUUACCUCUUAUCAGAUGCACUACAAAGGACUGCAGAUGGAUAGUAAAAGUCCUAAAAGUGAUGACUUCGGGGAAAAAUUGAGCAACACCACUGGGAAGACUGCAUAUUUUGCACCACUGGUCACAGAGAGAGAUAGGACCCGUCAUGUGUAUGUUCCCUCUAAAGUGAGACAAGUAAUGAGAAGAAAACCGGAGAGAAACGUGAAGAGCACGUCUGCAGGCGUGUAUUCAAACCCAUAUUCAGCUAUGUACCAAGGAUCUGCUAGAGGCCAGCACAGCGCUCGUAUAAUUACAGGCCACCACGAUGACACAACAUGUUCGCACAAUAUCGACCCUCAUCCUUCUUUGCAUCCUGCAGCCGAACAUAGCGAGGUCUCGCACAUAAAACUAAUGGUGGAGAACAGUUGUAUUGAUUAUGACAGCAAAAAGGGAGGCCAAGUGCAGUUUGACAAAAGCCAAACACCAGCAUCAACAAACAAACAAGACGUCAAACCUCCAAAAAACCUGCCUCGCCCUCGUGUGCUGCCUGGGAUUGCACCUGUUCGGAGAGCUGCUGGCAGUCAGCAAGGUGCAUCUGGCAGCCUUCUGGCCGUGCAACGUUCUUUUACACGGACAAAGGCCCAUCAGAACUUCAACAACUCCAUCACGUAUGAGUCACUCGACCUGAGGGACAAUGUGUUCACUGGCAAGAGACACAACUUCUUUGGAAUCAACUGUAACUACAUACACGGAUGAACUACUGCAGUCGCCGUCCACUUUAGCACUGCGUCAUUGCAAAAACUACAAUCAAGGCCGAAAUACUUUUUUCUAGAGAUGUGCCCAUGGAUCAGCACCAAUCCGUAUCGGACGAUUUUCGUUAAAAAGGGUGCGAUCACCAUUGCCGAUGAAUGCCUUUGAAAGUUGGUAACAAACGUCAAUCCUCUCUGGAUGAUAUUUUUUAUUUUUUAUUUUGUCUUGGAAAGUCAGAAUUUCCGAGUUCCUAGGCGGAAAUUACCCCCCUGGGUCAGAUGUUCUACUCAAAAAGUCAGAGAGUCCUCAACGCCCCCGCCAAGUUGGCUUCAAAGAUGGCUGCUCUGAGUGUAAACAAUAAUAGAAGCUUCUUAAUAUUUGUUACUCACACGUGUGACUUUUUUUUGUCACACUAAAUCAGCCGUAU